AUGUCUCUCUUCGCAAAGAGGGCUGUUGCCAGCAGCAGCCGCACCAUCACCUCGGCCAACAAGGCCGCGCUCGCCGCCUCCCGUGCCGCCCGAGCCUACUCUACACCCGUGGAGAGCAAUGGCGUCUCGUUCGGCCUCAGCGAGGACCAGGAGGCCUACCGUGACCUCGCACGCAAGUUCGCUCGUGAAGAGAUCAUCCCUCAGGCGCGCCACCACGACCAGACCAUGGAGUACCCCACAGAGAUCCUCAAGAAGGGCUGGGAGCUCGGUCUCAUGAACACGCACAUCCCCGAGAAGUACGGCGGCCCCGGCCUUGGUCUCGUCGAGUGUGGCCUCAUCUCCGAGGAGCUCGCCUACGGAUGCACCGGUAUCCAGACCGCCAUGGAGGCCAACGGUCUGGCAGAGGCUCCCCUCCUCGUCUCCGCCUCGGACGCCACCAAGGCCAAGUACCUCGGCCGCAUGACCGAGGAGCCCCUCAUGGCUGCCUACUGUGUCACCGAGCCCGGCGCCGGCUCGGACGUCGCCAACAUCGCCACCAAGGCCGAGAAGCAGGGCGACAAGUGGGUCAUCAACGGCACCAAGAUGUGGAUCACCAACGGUGGCAAGGCCAACUGGUACUUUGUGCUCGCCAAGAGCGACCCUAGCGCCAAGGCCGCCAAGUCGAUGACCGGCUUUGUCGUCGAUGCCGACACGCCCGGUAUCCACAUCGGCAAGAAGGAGAUCAACAUGGGCCAGCGCUGCUCGGACACGCGCAUGAUCACGUUUGAGAACGUCGUCGUGCCAGAGGAGAACGUGCUCGGCAAGCCCGGCGACGGUUUCAAGACUGCCAUGGGUGCAUUCGACAUCACGCGCCCCCUGGUCGCUGCCGGUGCCGUCGGUCUCGCCCAGCGCGCUCUCGAGGAGGCUGCCAAGUACGCCGUGGAGCGCAAGACGAUGGGCAAGCACAUCAUCGACCAUCAGGCCGUCGCCUUUAUGCUCGCCGACAUGCAGAUGAACGUCGAGGCGGCGCGCAACCUCGUGUGGAAGUCGUGCUGGACCAAGGACCAGGGUCAGCGCAACUCCUUCUACGCUUCCAUGGCCAAAGCACGCGCCUCCGAGGCCGCCGGCUUUAACGUCGACGCCGCCGUCCAGAUCUUUGGCGGUCUCGGCUUCAACACCGAGUCGCCCGUCGAGAAGCUCUACCGCGAUGCGCGCAUCUUCCGUCUCUACGAGGGCACCUCUGAGAUCCAGAGGCUCAUCAUCUCCCGACACAUCAAGGAGAUGUACGCCCAGUAA